CCGUGAUGUCAGCGGGUGCUGGCAGGGAGAGGGGGUCGGCUGUUUUUCUGGAGAGUUAGAGCUGAGUAAGACAAAGCACAGCGCGGUCCCUGCUGGCGCCAUGGAACUGCUGUCCUGUGUCUUGCUGUGGAAACUGGUGCUUCUUCAGAGCCUUGAAGUCCUUCUGUACUCAGGGCCCUCAGGGACCGCAACAGCCAGCAGCUCUGUGGUGUCUGAGUCCGUAGUGAGCUGGGCAGCCGGAACCCAGGCGGUGCUGCGCUGCCAGAGCCCGCGCAUGGUGUGGACCCAAGACCGACUGCAUGACCGCCAGCGCGUGGUCCACUGGGACCUCAGCGGAGUCCUGGGCAGCCAAGGGCGCCGACUCGUGGAUAUGUACUCGGCGGGUGAACAGCGAGUGUACGAGCCGCACGACAACGGCCGCCUGCUGCUGUCGCCUUCUGCCUUCCACGACGGCAACUUCUCACUGCUCAUCCGCGCUGUGGAGGAGGGCGACGAAGGGGUGUAUACCUGCAACCUGCACCACCACUAUUGUCACCUCUACGAGAGUCUGGCCGUGCGCCUCGAGGUCACCGACGAUCCCCUGUUAGCUCGCGCGUACUGGGACGGCGAGAAGGAAGUGAAGGUGGUGGUCCGCGGCGCGCCGGCUCUGAUGACUUGCGUGAACCGUGCGCACUUGUGGACUGACCGCCACUUAGAGGAGGCGCAGCAGGUGGUCCAUUGGGACCGACAGCUACCUGGGGUGCCACACGACCGCGCUGACCGCCUGCUUGACCUCUACGCAUCUGGCGAGCGCCGCGCCUACGGGCCAUCCUUCCUGCGUGAUCGUGUGGCAGUGAAUGCCGACGCUUUUGCACGCGGCGACUUCUCCCUACGCAUAGAUUCUCUGGAGCCGGCUGACGAGGGAAUCUAUUCCUGCCACCUGCACCACCACUACUGCGGCCUGCACGAGCGCCGGGUCUUCCACCUACAGGUCACCGAACCCAUCUUGGAGCCACCUGCUCCUGCCUCUCCCAGUAAUGGGUCUGGCCACAACAGCGCUCCUGGCCCAGAUCCCACGCUGGUAAGUAGAUCCCAAGGCCACAGUGUCAUCAACGUCAUUGUCCCAGAGAACCACGCGCAUUUCUUCCAGCAACUGGGCUAUGUGUUGGCCACGCUACUGCUAUUCAUUUUGUUGCUCAUCACCGUAGUCUUGGCUACACGCCAUCGUCAUCGUGGAGGAUGCGGGACCUCAGACAAAAAAGCUGGGAAACUGAAGGGGAAGGAUGUGAACAUGAUGGAGUUUGCUGUGGCCACAGGGGACCAGGCUCCUUAUAGGACUGAGGACAUCCAGCUAGAUUACAAAAACAACAUCCUGAAGGAGAGGGCUGAGCUGGCCCACAGUCCCCUGCCUGCCAAGAAUGUGGAUCUGGAUAAAGAGUUCAGAAAGGAGUACUGCAAAUAAAUGGAUCCUGAGCUUCUGGCUGGGUCAGUAGCUCUGUAUCAAAGGAUGUCUCCAUGACCCUCCUGUGGCACUCCUGGCUUCUUCUCAGCGGCUGGUCCCGCUUUCCUAUAAACUUGUCCUGAACUUGGCACUUUGUUCUUCCAAGAAUCACCCUCAUCUUGGUGAGCAACUGUGGGUUCCCUAGGGACUCUGAUAUAGUAUAGUUGCUGCCCACUGCUUGGGAGUACAGCCUGUGCCCACUGGUGGCUGUACUCCCAGCUUUGACAUAACAGACAUUGAUCCCUUGUUAAUGUCCACCAAAUGGACACUCUCUCGUGGCUUCUUCCUGCUAGGGCCAGGAAGCCACUUAAAGAUAGUUAAGUCACCAGUUCAACAUGUUAGCCAUUGCUUGGGGAGCCCCCAGGGUCUUCCAGGACUCACUAUGCCUAUGCAUUACUCAGAGCCCUGCUGUUAUAUGUUCUGACUCGUGGGCCCUCCUUGCUGCUUUGGGCCACUGGGAGCUGGCCCAUUGCCCCUUUUCUGCUUCUGAUCCCUUUCUGCUGAAUACCUUCCAAGAGUUGCUGGGUACCAUGUGACUCUUGGCCUUGACAUCCCUCCCUUUCUGGAGUCUGGGAUUGGGGCUCCAUUUGUCCUCUAUUUUGGCUGAAGAUGGGGGAAGAAGGUUCUGAGUGGCAUGUGCUACCACAUCAAACAGCUCCUACUGGGGAAGUUUUCAUGUCAUAAUAAAAACACAUCUGAUUUUUA